UUCUUAUGCAGCAUACUGGACACUGUGGAGAAGACGUAAUGUAGUGUUUAGCUGCUGCGCGGUGCUAACAGCAGCGAAAUAGUUAAUGAUAGCGACAGUUGCUCUGACGAGCUCUUGGAGGAGUAACAAGUGUUUACUGUUAAGAAGUUUACUUUUCAUUACCGAGCGUUACUUUUUUCUUCUUCAAACGACAAAUUAAAUUUUGCCCGCCAAAGUUAUUCAGGCAGUAGUUCAGUCAAAUAAGCGUUUUUGAAGAACUUUUUUUUUUUUUUUUUUUUUUGCAGCAUGAACAUCAUCUAAAAUGCGCUGAAGUGGAGCCGGACCUCGCCUCCAGACAACAGCAGCAAUGACAGAACCAGUGGAGCAGAGCCCCGAGCUGAAGCCUCCCGGCGGCCCUUCAGGUGGGAGCAGCAGCGGAGGAGCCGCGCCGGAGCAUCUCCCCGCCAGCCGCCGUGCGGAGCCCCGCAACGGCGACAGGGGGCGACAGAGAGGCGAUCAGCAGCAGCAGGCGGAGAAUUGCGGAACAGAGAUCAACACAGACAAGUUGUGGCGAAUGAAAGGCCCACAGAGGGAGGUGUGCCCUGCUUCAGCAGCCGGAAACGAGCUCCCGAUGGCUGCAGCCAAGGAUGGUCAGCAGCAGCAACCCCGUGAGGACGGCCGGCUGGAGGGCGGCUGCGGCUUGGAUGCGCGUCUGGGCAAGAAGAGGCACCGGCGCCGGACCACCAGGAAGAAGCGCCACUGGAAGCCUUACUUCAAACUUUCCUGGGAGGAGAAGAAAGCCCUGGACGAGAGAGAGACCGCGCGGGCUUCGCGGGUGAGAGAGGAGAUGUUCGCCAAAGGGCUCCCCGUGGCCCCCUACAACACCACCCAGUUCCUGAUGGACGAGCACGACCGGGAGGAGCCCGACCUGAACACCGAGACAGGGGUUAGGCGGCCGUCCGGGCUCGGCUGCCGCCUGGAGGACACGGGCAGCGAGGAGGACUUUAACGAGAACGAGGAGGAGGAGGAGGACGACGGCAGCGGCGGCGGAGGGAGCGACGGCAUCGGUCGUCCCGGGAACGCCGGAGGGGAGUUUCUCCAGAGGGACUUUUCCGAGACCUACGAGAAGUACCACGUGGAGAGCCUGCAGAACAUGACCAAGCAGGAACUGGUGCGGGAGUACCUGGAGCUGGAGAAGUGCAUGUCACGGCUGGAGGAGGAGAACAACCGGCUGAGGCGCGCCGUGGAGCCCGGAGGUGUGACCGUGGAGAGCUCCCUGCUCCGCCUCCGGGAGCUGGAGAGGGAACUGGAGAGUCUCAGAGCCCAGAACACGGAGCUGCUCCUGCAGAACAAGGACAGGGGCCAGGCUGCUCCCAACUAACGGACACAAAUCACGCAGGAGGGAAAAUCAUCCUGUUUAAAAAGAAAAGGUAAAACGUUGGACUACUACGUUUGUCUGUUUUUUUUAAGUGUCUUCAGUUUUGUGUAAUCAGUUUGUCACAUACCGUUCCUUUUCUAUCUUGACUCUUCAGGCUCUCCUGUUCAUUUAUUUACAAGAAAUGCACAUAUUUCAAAAAAUCAGAUUGUUUUUAUAUAAAAGAAAAAAGUGUAUCUGACGACUCGAAUAUAUUUUGUUUCCUGAACUUCUUAAGGCACCGAUUCUCUUUUUUUUUAAAGAGAAACGUUGCAUUUUCACCUAAAAUUCAAUAACAGAUGACAGCUAAACCAGUCUAGCUUUACAUCUUCUUUGUGUUUUUUUUUUUUUUUUUUUUCCAGAGGUAAAUGAUAAAUGAGCCAUUUAACAGUUUUGUUCAACAUAACGGCGAAUAAAACCUUAAAUUCUGAUUU